AUCACUCUAAGUUGCGGUUGGAUUUCUUUCCAGUUUCCACAAGCUUGAUAAAUAAGAUAGAAAUGAUGUAGAUCUGUCAAGCAUUUGAUUUUGUUUAUUGUUUUACUGAAAAUCCAAUGACAGAACAACAGUAUGGAGAACAGUUUUAUUCAAAUGACCACAGUGUCGACUGAUAAUGGUUUAACAGAAUCGCAAUUGUCAUUUACAACUGAUGUUUCUAACUCAUGUACUGUUGUUAAAGAUGAAUCAUUAUCAGCAGAUGACAACAGUCUUUUAACUAAUGGCACAGUAUUUGUUGAAGCUCCUAGAGGCUUUUUGAUUCCUUCAAGUGAUGGAGUAGGUAAUAUUACCUAUAAUAAUAUAACUAGUACUGUAGAUGAUAAUGGUCACAGAUUGGUACAACUUCCAGUUCAACUAUUUAUACCUACAUCAGAAGAUAGUAUAGUAGAUGGUAAUACAGGAGGUGUAUAUGAGUCAGGGCUAAAUAAAAAGAUUUUAUGUAUACAAUCUGUAGAUGGUACAAUACCAAUAAAUGCUCCCACUAUUAGUAUAUCAUCUUUAACAGAUGCAACUACUUCUAUUACUAGUCCUCCGGUUCAGAAACGUAAAGGAGGAUGGCCAAAAGGGAAAAAAAGAAAAAACACACCAGAAGUAAAUGCACCAAGAGGACCUGUAUCAGGUUAUGUCUUGUAUGCGAUUGAAAGAAGACAGCAAAUAAAAGAUAUAAAUCCUGAAUUACCGUUUGUUGAAGUAACAAAAAUAUUAGGGCAAGAAUGGUCAAGUAUGUCCAGUGAUAAGAAACAGAAAUAUUUAGAAGAAGCUAGUGCUGAUAAACAAAGGUAUAUAGAAGAAUUAAAAGUCUUCCAGCAAUCUGAUGCAUAUAGAAAUUAUAUCAUUAAAAAAAGAAAACAGAAACAGAUAUGUCCUGAAGAUAACAGCAGUAAUGGUUUAGUAGAAUGUGCAGAUUCUUAUAAUCCACUGAUAGAUGUUGAAGAUGAUUCUGUAGGGGAGCUACACUGUAGAGUGUGUAAUCAGUAUUUUAGUUCAUUACAUAAUAAAAAAGAGCAUAUGUUUGGUCGACAACAUUUACAAGCAAUAACAGGUGAACUGGUAAAAGACCUCUCCUCUGAACAAGCUCAACAAAGUGAAAACAUAUUAGGGACGUCUGUAUUACCAAGGGAGACAACUCACACUAUAGUAUCGUUACCUACCUCAAGUGAUUCCUCAGAUGACCAGCAUUUAUCAGAUCCCGUUGAUAUGCAAUCUUUUAUACAAAAUUUCCUUCAAAAAAAUUCAGAACGAGAGCAAGAAAUCCGAUGUUUACGUCGAACAUUAAAAACUGCUCAUGAUGAUAACAUAUCAAUGUGUAAAGAAAUACAAGAAUUAAAUGAAUAUCAAGAUAAAAUGUCUGCAGAUCUGAAGCAUAUGGUGAAUUACUGUACUUCAUUAACUGCCCAAAUUGAUGGACUUAAAAUGGUACCAACAUUAUUUGGUGUCAUAAACUUCUGAUAUAAUAAUACUGAUAUACAAUGAUUAAUGUAUAUUUUAAAGUUUUAUUUAUAUACCUCUACAAAAAUAAAAUGAGUUUUAAUAUUUUCAAAAAUACUGGUUCACUUUUACAAUAAGAGAUAAUUCGACACUUAUUUUUAAAUAAUCAAUUAUCGGUACUAUGAAAAUCUGUAAUUGACAUGUAAAAUAUUGUGUAUGUCAUGGUGUGUUUUUUUAUAUGACACAAGGAGGUUGUAUUUAUGAUAUAGUAAUUACAAUAUCAAUGUAUUUAUAUUUGUUAAUAAACAAUGGGUAUUUAUUUG